AUGUCCCAAGCAACACAGAACACUUCCGACGAAGAUGAUUUCAUGAAGAACCUACUUUCAGGUCUCGACUCAGCAUGUCAACUAGAACGUCCGUCGAAGCUCAAACGAACAGCUUCUUGCUCUUCCAUCGCCCCACAAACACCCUCUGCACAUGCGGGUGGCCGUCCUGGCUCUCACAGUAAUAGUAAUAACCUCGACAUUGCCAUGCUUCUCAAUGGUGCAGAAAAUUGGGACUGGAAUGAUAUGGAGCUGGACUUUCUUACGCCAAAGAAAUCUAAGUGUGGGACGACGCCAAUGAAGACGAUAGCAAUGCCUGCAAAGCGACACGCCAAAGAGACGUGUACUCGAUGUGUGGUUGAUGACGUUCGAGUCCUUUCUGUGCGUGUCCAGCCAAGUAGAGAUCCCCGAACAGUGAUUCUCUGCGAUGACUGGGUAGAUGCAGAUGUUCGCAAAGGAAAUAUCAUCAACGUCCUGGGCGAUUUCGAUUCCUUUGGAAUGAUUAAGAUAACUUCCAAAAUCAAUUUUCUGAUUAAUCAUCCAGAUCUCUUGAUCACAGCUACUGCGCUUUCUAAUGCGCCACAGUGCAGGCGAAAGCCACUUCUCUCCGCGCUUGUCCGUUCGAGCCUAGAUGUCACCCCGUCGCUUAUAUGGGGUAACAUGGUUCACGAGGUUAUGCAAAUAUGCAUGGCUGAACAACGAUGGGAUGACCGUUUCAUUGAAGAACACAUCGAGGAGAUCAUCAAGAAGAAUCUAGCAGAACUCGUCAAGAUCAACUUCAGCGUCGACGAAGCAAAGCGUGAAGUCAAGGCCCGUUCAAAAGGUCUCCGAGUGUUCUCUGAGCGUUAUAUCGCUCACACGCCAAAGGCUGAUGCAGUUCUCACUAAUACCCGCGCGACUGCUAACCAAAGCUCCCUUCUUGCUAUAUCCCAACUGCAUGACGUGGAAGAAGACAUUUGGUCUCCAACCUAUGGACUUAAAGGCAAGCUCGAUGCUACCGUCCAGGCGGUCAUUGCUGAGAGCACGAUCGACAAGCGCGUUAAGAGUGAAUCCUUGCUGAGCACGCACAUAAUGCCUUUCGAGAUUAAGACUGGUAGGACUGUCGCAGGGAUGGAGCAUCGCGCUCAGACUAUGCUUUACACCCUCCUGAUAGCAGAACGGUAUGGGGUUCACGUUCCCAGUGGACUAUUGUACUACACCCAGAGCGAGGAGGUCGUCCGUGUCCCGCAAAGUCGCAACGAGCUUCGAGCACUGAUAGGCGCAAGAAACGAAAUGGCGUCAUAUAUGAUGCGCAGGAAUACACAUGGCAAGGAAAAGGAGCUCGAAGAGCCUUUUCUUCCUCCUACGAUUGACGACGAAAGGAUGUGCAAGAAGUGCUAUGCGCUGGAUACUUGUAUGCUAUUUCGCAAGGCUGUUGAGAACGUUGUUGAUACGUCUUCACCGAUUGCAGACGUGUAUGACCUCAAAACCUCGCAUUUGAAGCCUUCCCAUCUUGCGUUUUUUAAACAAUGGGAAGAGCUCAUUUCGCUCGAGGAACAGGACGGCAAUCGAUUUAGAAAAGAGUUAUGGUGCAUGACUGCUCAAGAACGCGAGGAUAAAGGCAGAUGUUUCAACUCGAUGGUCAUAGACGCAUCUUUCCAAUCGGAAAAAGUUUCUAACAGUGGCAAGAUUCACCAGUACACUUAUUGCUUCGUUCGUGCUUCUGCUGCUCAUGGCGGUUCGUUCCUGAAUGGGCACAUGAGCCGUGGAGAUGCUAUUACAAUCUCCGUUGAACCUGAUCUUCUUGCUCUUGCACGAGGGUUCAUUGUAGAACUCACACCAGAGGCAGUAAUCGUGGGUGUAGAUCACGAGUUAAAUGUGGACAAGAUAGAAGCCAGACUGGAGACGCUUCGAGGAGCGAGGACAGCUGUACUCUUUCGAGUUGACAAGGACGAGUUAUCAGGCAGCAUGGCACGGAUUAGGGAUAAUUUAGCCCAGCUAUUCUAUGUGGAAGGGGACCACAAACGUCUAGAGCUUGUCGUGGACCUGCGACGCCCUUUAUUCAAUAACGAGGAGACCAUCGCUGACAACCUGCAACAUGUUCCGGAGUAUGUCCUCACAAGCUCAGGUAUGAAUCCCGGUCAACUUCUUGCGGUGAAGCGGGCCUUGAGCGCACACGACUACGCGCUCAUCCUCGGUAUGCCUGGCUCAGGCAAGACAACCGUAAUUGCUGCGCUAAUCCGGACUAUUGUGGCCAUGGGGAAGACAGUCCUUGUGACGUCAUAUACUCACUCGGCUGUGGACACGAUAUUGCUCAAGCUACAGGAUGCAGAUUUCGGCAUUUUAAGAAUCGGCAAUGCAGAUAAGAUGCAUCCUGGCGUUCGCAAAUUUGCGCUUUCUGAGCGUAGGUUGCCUACAACGGUCGAGGAGUUGGAGAACCAGGUCAUUACACCACCAGUUGUUGCUACUACUUGCCUGUCAAUUGAUCAGUACGUCCGCAAUCCUGCUGCGCGAAAAGGUGGUCUAGAAACGUCUCUCUUCCGUCGCCUUUCUGAAGCGCACCCGCAUGCGGUGGUCGAUCUCACUUAUCAAUAUCGCAUGAACGAGGACAUUAUGGAGUUGUCGAACAAGCUAAUAUACGGAGAUCGUCUGCGAUGUGGAUCAGAGGAAGUGGCCAAGAGCACACUCGUUCUUCCUAAAAAGCAUAUCACUACGCAGGAUCUGGGAAUAUGCCUGUGCGAGGAAUCUUGUUGGUUGCAGCGUCUAUUAUCGGAAAGCUGCAAAGUCGUAUUCGUUGACACAGAUCACUUGCCUGCCCGUGAUUCAAGAGUUGGGGACCUCGUCCAAAAUGAUGCCGAGGCCAAGCUUGUGUACCAGAUUACCGAAGCGUUCUUAAGAUCGGGAGUCCAGGAAGAUCAAAUUGGAAUCAUGUCUCUUUAUCGUCAGCAGAUAAAGCUUCUGUCGCACCUUCUUCAAGACCGGAAAGAUAUAGAGAUCCUCACAGCUGACAGAAGUCAAGGACGCGACAAGGACUGUAUCAUCAUCUCUAUGGUCAGGUCCAACGACCAGGGGCAGAUCGGAGACUUGCUCAAGGACUGGCGGCGAGUCAACGUAUCGUUCACGCGUGCGCGGUCGAAGUUGAUCAUCAUUGGCUCCCGAAAGACCUUGAAUUCGACUCAGCUUUUAUCAGUAUUCUUAUCGCUCAUGGACGAGCGGGGCUGGAUGUUGACGCUGCCUGCCAAUGCGGAUGUCAAGCACCCGGCGCUCCAAAGCGAACGGUGUGCGGCUGGUGACAAUGAACCGCUCUUGAAGAAAAUGAAAACUCCAAAAGUCGAAGAGGGGAUCCUGAAGGGCCGGCCCAUCUUGCAGGACGUCGUCAAUGAUGGUAGGUGA